GCCUUCUUCUUCUCCCUCUCCCUCUCCCUCCCUCCUCCCCCCCUCCCAAUCGGAAGAUCACUACUCAGCCAUCUGCAUGCACCUUUAAUUCUUCUACUAUAUCUCCCUCAUUUUUCGCGUAUCUCCUCGAUAGUCUCGUGCGUUCUCACUGACUGUCAGUUCCUGGAUCAUGGCUCCUCGAAUGAGUCUGGGUCUGAGUACCCUGCUCGCUUUGGGUCUUAUACUUCUGUUGCUCCCUUGUCAGGUUCAUGCCUUUGGCGCUGGCAAGAAACAGCUCCUAACGCCUGCAGAUAUCGCCUCCAUCUCGAAGGUUGAAGGCCAAAAUUGGCGCCAUGGAGAUAUCGAAGAUAUGCUUAAGACAAUUGCAUUCAUCAAAGGUCACAAGUGGACUUCGAAUAUGGUCAAACGUGUCUACUUCGGGAACUGGCUACGGGAUUACUCCCAGGCUAUGGAUGUCGGUACUCUGAAAAGCCUCCCCGCUGAUACUAUCCGUAUUCUUGUCUGGAUUCUCUCGUUCCUCUCGUUUGGGUAUGCAACGGCUGAGUUUGAGGUAACGGCCGAUAGACUUGGGGUCUACCGUCCUGAGGAACACAUCGAUAAUCCUAAAGAUUACGCUGAUAACCAAGAUGCCCGUCAGUACGAUGCCCGACUACGACCCCCAAUCCGUCAGAUAGAGCUAGACAUCGACUCGAAAACUGGCAUGAAAAAUUACAUCGCAAAUGAGAACGGAGACUGGGCGACAAGUUCAGCUUACAUCAAGUUCAGUUUGGCACGCAGCAUCCACUAUGGAAGAACAUACACUCACGGUGGAAACCGUCAAGGGAGCGAAGAGGAUCUGUGCGAGGCGCUUCGAUGCUUAGGACAAGGGCUGCAUACGCUGGAGGACUUCGCAGCGCACACAAAUUACUGUGAACUUGCUCUUCGCGAGAUGGGAUUCCGUAAUGUCUUCCCUCACACCGGCACCCAAACCCAGAUCAACCUCCACGGCCAUCAGGUGUUCCCGCUUGUAACGGGAACUUUUGGCAUGGUGGACUUUUUCCACUCCGUUCUUGGAGAGGCAACGGACCACUUCACUCAGUCUGAGAUUAACGAGAUGGACACUGCGCUUGGAGAUGCUCAGUCGAGUUCGUCAGCCAACUCACUCAGCUCCUUGACCGGGUUGCUGGGCAAAGUACCAGGAUGUGGGGACCUGGUUGCGGAGGCCGAAGCUCUGAAGCGUCAGUCUGAAGCUCAACAGUCUGCAAAUAAUCAUAGUGGCGGUCAUACUGGAUAUGUCGCCCGCGAAGUGACUCGUGCGUUUAACGAGGAUUCAGAACGCAGUCGAGGCGAUGAUGGGCACCAGAGCAGAGCCAGCGCAACUCCCAGCAAUAGCGAGGGCAAGCCUGCAUCAGGCCUCCCAGGAUUGCCAGGUUUCGACGCCUCCAAAACCAUCGCUCAAAUCUACCCCAUUCUCGAAUUCCGAGAUAAAGUCGUCAAGAAGCUGUCCGCGAUCAUUGAGAAGAUCCCUGGUCUAGAGGCUCUAGUCGAGAGAAUCACCGAAACCUUGACUGUCUUCAUCAUGUCCCUGCUCGCUCCAUUCAUUCGACCGAUCAUCAAUGCUGCCUCGAAAUCUUUACAGUCAGGCUCCGCUGGUGUGAUCGAAUCCUCUGGAAAACACCAGUUUGAACCCUGGACCAACCCUCAAUGCACUGACCCUACCCACUCCAUGCUGUCCAAAGACCACUUCUCCAACCUUCUCAACGAGCCGGCUGGUUACGUUGCUUCCGCUAUUCUCAAAUACGUCGCACCUCGCGUCCUCCACGCCUGGCAGGACAUCAAUAUCCCCGAGCAACAGGUGCUCGACGACUGUCUCCAGGUGUUCCAUCACCCUGCCCUCCGAAAUAUGAACAACGAAGCCCACCGCACCAUGUUCGAAGCUGUUCAAUCCUGGGUCCAUCGUAUGCCAGACCGCGGCGCCAAACUUAACGAUAUCCUCAGUGCGGAGGGCGUCAAGUCUGGUAAGAACAACGGAGGACAAGUCGGCCAUUCGCAUGCACAGCCACAUACCGGGGUCGCUGCCCUUGGAGGCACUGCGCACGGCCAAAAUUCGGGUCACGGCUCUCAGUCUCAUAGCUCCUCUUACUCUCAGCAGCAACACCAAAGCUCCGGCUCCCAACUCCCGUGGGAAAAGCUCUCCGGCCACCUCAGCAGUCUUCCCAUCCCUGGAAUCUCAAAUUUGGGGAAACUUAAUAGCGCAUUCUCUAGUUUCGGGCUCGGUGGAUCGUCAAGAGAGGAAACCACUUCUUCCUCUUCUGCGUCUGAAUAUCAGGCACCACCGCCGCAGCCCCAGGCAUCGCCGUACCACGAGUCUCAUUCUCAACACCAAACGCACUCCCAUUCGCAUUCUCAUACACACACAUCCACACCUCACCACCAAUCAACUGGCAACUACAACGACCAAUACAGCACCCACAAUACCUAUUACGCUGGUGGUGGUAGCCACGGAGGCCAUCCGGCUCCACCUCCACAAGAAGGAUCCAGAUAUAACCAGAACCAGUUCCAGUCGGAAUCACAGUACGGUUACCCUCCUCCCUCUUCGCAAGGGUACGGACAUUCUCAUGGCCCAGGAGGGUAUCAGUAUUAAGAGUGAGGAUGAUUGAGUUUAGCGCUUUUUCACACUUUUUUUUUGUUUAUUUGUAAUACAACACAAUCCUCUCUAUAUUUUGUGAAAAGUAUGUGUGUUUUUUUAAAUCAUGAUAUGAUGUACCACCACGUCUGUCUGUACUCAAGGGUGGUGGCAGCGUAGAUGAGGGAAGCAGUUGAUACCCGGGUUAGGUAGUGGUAGUAGCAAUGGAGGAAGAAGUAGAUUCAUUGUUUUCUUUCCGUUGCUUUCUUUCUUUCUUUCUUUCUUUCUUUCUUUCUUUCUUUCUUUCUUUCUGCAAAACCAACCAUACAGACUGCGAGGAGACUUUACAUAGUUAGUUAUAGCUACUAGCCUCAGUCGGGAUCAGAGCACUUACAAUCUGUAUGAAUAUUAUAUAUUCUCGUACUAGUAUUAUUGAAUCAGUCAAUAAGGGGCAAAUAGGAAAUAAGGAGGUGUAUACAUACAUGUAUAUAUACACACAUAC